AUGUCUAAUACAAAUCGAUUUAAGAAUUCGAAUAAAACUGAAGAAGAAGAAGAUGAUGAUGAUGAAAAUGAUAAUGAUGAAAAUCAUUGGUAUUAUCCACGUACAUCAUCACCUCAUUCGUCUCUCAGUGUUAAUAAUAGUUUUACUCAUCCGUCGUCAUCGGUAACGAUGGGUUCAUGGGGCUUUGACGUUAAUCGCUCAACAAACGGACAGACACCAUUAUCAUUUACAUCGAACAAUAAUAAUAACAACAGCAAUAGCGACAAACAAAUAAUGACGAAAAUAACAAAAGAUUAUAAUGAACGUCUUGGUGAUAAAUUUGCAUCAUCUUCGUCUUCUUCUCAAAAUCUUAAAUUACGUACACCAGCAUUAACUAAACAACGUAAUGGAAACGAAUUUGCUGCUGUUGAUCGUCUUCUUCAUGGACCAAAUCGAACAUCUAAAGAUGUAAUUGAACAACAAAUGACAACAACAACAACUCAACAACCAAAAAUUCAUGCAGAACAAGAAUUAAUAGCUUGGCAAAAUCGAAUGUUACAAAGAGAUCAACGUUUCGAUAGUUCAUCAUCAAAAUUAAACAAUAAAAGAAAUGAAGUAAAUAUUAAUUCUGUUCGUUCAUCCAGUCGUCAAACAUCUACAGCAACAAAUCGACGAAUACCAACUAUAUUAAAUACAAAUGAAAAUCAAUAUCUAGAACAUGAUCAUCAUGAACCCACAAUAAAGUCAGCACGAGUUAUUAAACGAUAUAUUGAAUUAGUUUAUCAUCUACAAUCAUUUUAUGAACGUAUUAGUGAUCAAUUAUCAAAUGGAAAUGGGUUUUUAAAAACUAAUCAAUCAUCACCAUCAUUAUUUAUAAAUCAUUGUCGAAAAAUGACUGAACAAUUACAAAAAUUGAAACCGAUUUGGGAGGAAAAAUUAGUCGAUUUACAAAAUCAACUUAAAAAUAUAUCUUCAUUACAAGGCUCAACAAUGACAAACGAAACAACAUUUCUACAACGUCGAUUGACUUUAAUUAAUUUAUUACAAUUGCUAAGUAAAGAAAAGGAACUUGAUGAUACGGACUUAUCUAUUCGCAUUGAUAUUGAUCGAGUAUUACAUGAAGAUAAAUUAGCUGUUCAACUUCAAGAUGAACUUUCAACAUUACUACAACAUCAGCUAUAUUCGUCGAAUGAACAAGAUCGUGUUGAACAUGUUCUACUAUUAUUACGUGAACAAAUAACUACAACUGAUAGUUAUAUGUCACAUGUUAGUCAGCAAUUAAAUGAAUUAGUAACAAGUUUACGUUCAUCAGAAAAAUAUAUUUUAUCAUAUACGAAUACAGUUCCAUUAAUUGAUGAUGGAACUUCUUCUCAACCUAAUACGUCAUCCAAUCGUGAUCAUUGGCGACCAUAUGAUAAAACUGAUAUAGAUUUCAUGAAAACAAGGGAAUCUCGAUUGCAACAAUCUCGUCGAAAUGAAAAUAUCAAUGAAAAAUCGUCAAAAUUAAGAUCGACUUCAAUGCCUCGUCUGAGUAAUUCUGAAGAAUCCGAUCAUAAUUUAGAUCGUGAUACUAUACGAAAAUCAUUAAUAAAAGCUUAUACAACAGAUUUAAAUCGAAAUAAUAGUAAUAAUAGUGGUGUACUAACACGUUUUGCCACAGUUAAAUCAGCUAAACGUAAUGAUAAAACCCCAUCAAAUGUAAAGAGUAUUUUGAAAUCAUAUCCUCAUAUACAUUCAUCAAAUGGAAGAAAAAAAGAUUAUGAUAUUGAUAUAGAAGUCGAUAUACCUGAUCGAUUUAUUGAUUUUGAUAGUAAUGAUCAAAUAUUAACAACUAAUGAACGUAUAGAAAGAAUUAAGAAAAAAGAUGAUGUACGAAGAGUACUUUCAAAACAAAGUAUACACGAAGCAAAUAAUCAAACUUUUAGCGAUGAUGAUAUAAAAGUAGGAUCUAAUCGUCAAAAAUAUAGCAAAAAACGUGAAAGAGCACUAAAUCUACGAUCAAUGUUUACUGAAGAAGCAAAAGAAAAGAACCAUCAAAUCACAGGUUUGUUUCAUUUUCUAUUUAUUCACAUGAAAUUAACUGAUGCAUUUGUAGGAAAACAUUAUAUGAAUAAAUCAUAUCAACAGCGAAUGGCUUAUCCAAAUGCAUGA